GUUAAGCAAGCUCAAGGACAAGAAUAAUCGCUUCGAUUCCGUAUAGUUGGCUGGUACAAGACAGUGUAUCUUUUAUCAAUUAAAAACGUAGGGGGAUCAGCAUAAGUGAGUUUAUUAUUCCUCGAGUUGAUUGCUGAACUACCGAUCAAAACGCGGAAAUCUUGAAAGAUGGUAGGGUCGCGGUUUUUCGUGGCAGCAGCUGCGAUUUUCUUCGUUUUUGGGCUGUCUGCUGAGGGAAAAAUUAUGCAGAAAUGUGAAGUUGUCAAAGAGCUGCAGAAAGCAGGAAUUUCCAAGACGUUCAUCAGCAAUUGGGUUUGCUUGAUGAUCACUGAGAGCGGUUUGAACACGGCGGCAAAAAAGGGACCAGGGACAGCCGCCAGUUAUUCCUACGGAAUUCUGCAAAUCAGCAGUCUGAACAAUAAGUAUUGUAUAAGUGGCAGAAAAGGUGGAAUCUGUAAUAAAAAAUGCGAGGACUUCCUCAAUGACGAUAUCAGUGAUGAUAUCGCCUGCGCCCAGAAAAUUCAUACCGCUGAGGGGUUCAAGUACUGGAAGGGCUGGGUCCAAAAGUGCAAGAACAAACCUCUUCCUGAUGUCGGAAACUGCAGGAGGCGGCGGAGGCGUUCGCUCUUUAUCUAAGGAUAUCGAUAAUUUAUCAAUUGCAUGUUUACCCCACUGUAACCAAUAAAAAUUGUUUUAUCAGUAUCAAGAAA